UAAUUUGUAAAUCGUUUGAAGCGAAUAAUUCGAUUAUUCCUCGAUAAUAUCAUAGCUCUAUCCUAUGCCCUGUGUUUAAAGCUCUUGGAUAGUAAAUAAAUUAAAGGUUUUUCGGUGCUGGUUCGCCAUAAAAUGAGUUCCGAAAUUUGUCUCGAGUUAGUUGAUAGCGUGCGGUAUUCGCGGGAAAUCGGCGCUCAUUUACCAACUAAUGAAGAUAAAAGUGGAAUUCUGGAGCGAAACUCUCUCGCUUGGUACGCUCGCGGUUCCGUACUGGAAGUGUUCAACAUAGACCCCAACCGGAAGGUCAUUUCACACAACUUCAACAGCACAGCGAGCAAAUCUAAACCUUGCACGAUCGAAUGUGUUGAGGAAGUGUGUCUGAACAGUCAAACGACGGUUUUGGCUGUGGCGCUGUGCCUGGGUACGGAACAGUCGCAGAUUGCAUUUCUCUCGCUUCGGAGAUGCCGCGAACUGGGUCGUAUCGAUGUACAGGAAGACAUCCGGACGUUAAGGUGGAUCAACAAUACACGCGAGUCCGUUGGAUCGUUGUACCAGUUUAGCUGCUGUUUGGCCGCCGGUACGGAGGAUGGAAAAGUACUGAUCGUGGAUGGAUGCAUCGGUAUAGUGGAGCACGAAACGCCCGUCGGCACGACCAGCGUUCUAAUCGAUCGCACCGGGGUUGUCAAAAGACAGUGUCACAUCGAACUGUUUCAAUGCGAUCUCGAACAAAUCAUCGAUCGACUGGAGCAGGUGCGUGAUCGAGGACUGUACGUGGGGCUGCAGUUACCCCAAGAAGUGUACGCAUCGGUAUGCUUUAUGCUCGAUAUCACUCCGCUGAGAGCAUUCACCGUUGGGUUCGUUGAUGGUACCGUGCUGCUGUACGACCUACCGACCCUUUCGCGCAUCCAUCGUAUCGCGGCUCCGUGUGAGGAUUGUUCGGUUGUGUCGAUGGAUUUCUGCGAACCCAGCGAUGAUCCGAAGCCCUGUUUGUACCUGUGGGUGCUGUAUGCGCACCCCGACGGGGCGUUUGCCGUUCUGUACUUGCUCAUGUGUCAACAUAAGCAACUUCUGAACGGUCGAUCGACACCGAUCUACGACGAACUGUUAUCCUGCUCGGAGCGACUUAGCCUAUCAAGCUACGAUCCCGGUAGUCGGCCACUGAAUGUACAAACCGUGCGAAAGAAGGUUGCUCACGAGGACGAACUCAUUACGCUGACCGUGCUGAGUUGGCUCGGUUCCAACAACACAACCACGCUGAUGGUGUUCGACCUAAACCAAUGGUACAAGGCCGAGAUGCCUUACGAUUGCGACUGGAAGCAGGAGCUCACCUACACGGUCGUGUUUCAGCUAGGCGAACCAAGCUUCCAUGUGCAACUGAUCGAGCGAUCGAUUGUACUAUUUCGUUCCAUCCAACGCCCGGAGGAACACUUCUAUCCAAGCUCAUUGGCCUUCGACAUCAUGAGCUUUCACGGACUAACUCGCACCCGGCAUCGAUGGAUUGGGUUGCAGAACAAAUUGCUUCAAUAUCUCGAUCAGGAUGGCGCCAACAGUAUCAUUGAACCGGUGGCACUCUAUCAGAUGCUCUGCCGGGCAGCGCUAGUGCCACAGUUCUACGAACAGCUUCCGGUCGUGGAUGAUGAUGUUUGCAAAUUGCGAGAGUUCAUUCUUUCGAUCGGGCUCGAGUACAACUGCCACACGUUUCUGCAGAGCUGCAUGGAACUGUGGGCCGACGGUAGCCAUCUUGGGGCCAAUCCAGACCGGGGCGUUUCACUGUCCACGUUGACCGAUUGGAUUCGGAAUCGUUCCAAGACACUGAAGAUGGUCUCCAAUGCGCUGCUGUUGCCGUUACUGAAGACAAAGGCGGACCGUCACAUCGACACACAAACCCGCGAGGUGCUCGCGCUUUGCACUCGCGAAGGGAAGCAACUUUCGAAACUGUACGAUACCAUAUUGAGUGAAUAUGUUUCGUUUAUACCGGAGGCUGUUAUCGAUGAAUUGCGGAAAGAAGCCCAGCUGAUUCGCGCGAUGGUCGAGUAUCAGGAUGUACUUCAGUGGUUGCUACACAUAAACGUGCUUCCCGAAGGUCGCUCGCCAUCGGAGGAUGAAGGAGAAGCGGAUCAUUCCUUUGAUGAGACGCUACUAUUACCGUAUCCGUACGAGAUGCUGCAGGAGUAUUAUCGCUCACAGCGCCACAUGCUCAGCAAGGAGGGCGAUGAAAGUCCUACGGUGCUGGAUCUUUCGUACUGCAAGUAUCUCUUCAUCGAUAAUUUGCUUGAGCGAAAUUUCGAUCCGAAAGCUAUUCGUAAGGUGUGGGUUGGAAGUAGCGGCAAAUCGCCUGCGGCUGCCGCUACUCCGCUUUAUCCACCGAAAUCACUCUUCAAAGCGCUACGAGUAAUGCUACUCCCAGAGGUACCGCUCGAGCGGAAGCUUGUUCUGUUGAUGUACCUUUUCAUGGAUAUUGUGGCCAUCCACGGAGAUGGCAGAUACCGCCACGUACUGCAGAGGUUGGAAAAGUUCCCGCAAGUGUUCAAACUCCAACUGGGACUUGUUCGGCGGGUGCAGGCCUUCUGGCAUCUCGAUCACGGGAACAUGGCGUGGACCGUCGAGGAGUUCCUAUCACCACUGUCGUGCACGGUUGACUUUCCCCAGUGGCACCGGGAGCUUGCCGUCUCUGUCCUUCUGCACCAGGACGCUUCUAAUCUUGCGUUGAAAGUACUCCGGGCACCCGGUAGUCCCGUGUCGCCCUAUCUCGAGCUGCUGACGCUGGUACGCAACAAUCUCAUCUCGGAGGCGUUCAGCGUGCAACGACGCAGCCAUCAAACGGACGGCAGUCAACUGAUUUGCUUCGUAGAAGCCAUCCUAAGCGCCGGUAAAGCGGAAACGUUGCUAGAAUUUUCGCUCACCGAGGAAGAGAAGCGUGUGCUACGCGAAUAUUUGCUCGAUUGUCCGCACGACAUCAGCGAAAGCUUGAUUUUUGGACAUUUGCUACAAAACUUUGAGCUUGUCGAGGCGGUGCAGGUGAUGGAUGGAUUGAAGAAUCGUAAACGGGGCCCAAUGGUGGCGGAAACUCAGCGCGAAAUUCUAUCGCUGUACCACAAGGUGCUCGAUCCGACCAGUCAACGGUUGGCGUAUCUCACCUACACGGAACCGAAAGAAUUAGAACCGAAUCGGGCUAUCGCCAAUGACCAGGGCAACCUUGGCGAUAUCUCACCGAGCAUCGCGAAUGAUACUGCCAAGGCGACGACAGCUAAGGUGCAUUCGCUGAGUUCGUCCUUGAUACGCAAUCGAGGUGAUUUUCGUGCUCGCGUUUUGCAUCGUUCGAUUGUGGCCAUCAAAGAUGCGGCCGCUUCAGUAGGUCUACAGCACGAGAGACCAUUUCUCGAAAAACCGGGUCUCGGUGUGUUUCAAUGCCGUCCGAUGGUUCGCAGCCAGAGCGUAUCGUAUCCCGUGCGGCUCGAUCCGACGAUGAACAAACGGCGUCAGCGGGAUAUUUCGUUUGAAGAGUGUCCCAAAUCGCCUCUAUUCAACGAAGAGGACGGUCACGGUAAUCCACGUAAGAGGCGCUACCUUGGUCCAUCAGGUGACGGUGGUCGGUAUACGAACUUUGAUCUACCCGUGCCCAAGAUUCCCGAGUUUCGGCCUAUGAAACCGAAGUUUAAUUUUACGGCCAUGGCAGCGGCCGGUUCCGAGGCUUCGGAUAAUGCGAAGAGACGGGAACGAACGUCGAUCACCAAUUCGCCCAGUAUUUUCCAAACGACACCACCAACCACGAAGAAACAGUCACCUCCAGCAGCAGCAGCAGCUGCCAGUGACCAAGCUCCGGGAACUUCUCAGAUUAGCUUACAGGAAGAGAUACCGCACGGUAUCCUGAAGCAACAAAACCAGUCGGUCGAUAGCUCCUUGGCCGCUUCUGGUCACGAUCACGAUAGCCAGGAGAAGGUACUACGAUUUGAUUUUUCAUCCCUGAACGGAAGCAAUGGAACGCCCGGUUCCGCAGAGAAGGUGGAUCAAACCAAAUCGCCAGAGGCCAGAGCCGAAACGACAGAGUCGCCGGCUCUAGUGCAAAAGGAACGUCGCGAUCUGGAUCUCUCGGGUAUAUCGAACGAUGAUUUCUAUUCGCCAGAGGUAACAAUGGCUAACAGCAGCUUGCAGCAGAUACUCAGUGCCGGCGGUCCUACGCGACGUCGUCCGCUGCACCUAUCCCGCUCGGGUACACCGACGGCGGCCGAAGCUGGUGAGACCAGCCAGGGGAAUAACAUUGCGAUCAUUAUCGAAGAUCAUCUGGAAGAGGACGAGGCGGAAGCAGAGGAGAUGGAUGAUGAUGAUUCAAGCCGAAACGAGGAUGCGGAUGAGCAAAUGGAUGUGGACGAAGGCAUGAUGAUGGAGCCGCAGCUGGAUAUGUCACAAGCACAGGAUCACGGCAAAGAAGAGGAGCAAGCAAUUGAGCAAGCUGUAAGCGUUGAUCAGGGUUCGGCUAAGCAGAUUGCGAUCCAACAAGACCGUUCUACCGAUACAGCCCGCGACGAGUGCAUGGAAACGACGGAUUCCGAAGUGCGUGCGGAGAACGUGGACCACAAGGAACGGCAGCAAAUGGAAAGCGUUUCUGAAGCCAAGAAGGCAGUAGCAGUCGCAGUUGAUCGUGAUGAAGAAGCAGUGCUGGCCACUGCCAAAGCUGACAAAGAGAAUGAUGAGCAAGACCAGGAACAGGAUGAUGAUGCAUCAAUUGAUGAUGUGGUAGAAGACUAUGAUGAGGAUGAUGAUCAUGAGCAGGAGGAUGAAGCUUCUGAGGAUGAUGGUGAUUACGACGAGGAUGAAGAUGAAGAUGAUGAUGAUGAUGACGAUGGUAACGACGACGACGACGAGGAUGAUGAUGAUGAUGGUGGUGGUGGUGAUGAUCCUUACGACCACGGCAAUAACAUUGAACGUUCUCCGUCGGAGGACAGUGUUCUUGAGGUGAUCGAUGUGAGUGAUGAAUACUCGAACCAGCUUGAACACGCGUCCAUAUCAUCUCAAGCAUCCUCGUCUCCAUCGGCAUCGUCUGGAGGGUCCUUGGCUGGUGCCCCCGCUCCCCAGGAACAGCGUAAUGAGGUACGAAGGGAAGAACAAGAAGAAUCGAGGAAUGCAGCGGAAUCUCCAGCGGGCAGUGACUGCUAUGGCGAGUUCUACCAAGAGUCCGAACAGCAACCACUGUACGAUGAGCUAGAGGCAUACGAACUGGUCGAGAACGAUCAAUCUCAGCAGGUUCAGGAACCGCAACAGCAGCAGCAGCAGCAGCAAAGUGUGGCGGCGACGGAAGAUGACGGUAUUCAGGUUCCCACGACAUCCUCUUCCACACACCGCACCGAGCAAGAGCUACCGUCAGGAACGGAAAGCCAUCCGGUGGAUGGAGAAGAAUCGUCCGAGGUAAAAGAUCUGUCCGUGCAGCUACUACAGGAUCCAUCCGACGUUGAGGUUGCACCAAGCUCAGCCGCUCGUAACCUCUCUGUGGUGGCCAGUGAAGAGUGCGACGAUGGUGUGGCAAGCACAAGUGAUCUAGCGACGGCGGAGACUCGCGUAAGUGCGUCGAUCGCCGCCAACUCAGCCUCACCACCGAGUGCUACCUCACCGACGCAAGGCUUCGAAGAAAAGGACAAACUGCUGUUCGGCCAACCUAAGAAUGCCCACGAGCUGGAAGUACCGGCCAUGAACCUGUGCGUUAAACCGGACGAAGCGCACGGAUCGAGCCGAAAGAACAGUAAGGGCGAAGAGAACGGGUUGCUGACGGUUGAAUCAAGAGCCUUGAACCUUUCGGCCGAUCAGCAGGAGCUGGCGGCCCACCUCGAGAGCGCCUCCGGUACCAAUGAAGGAGGAGAUGGCGAGACGAACGAGGCGAGUGGCGACGAUAGUGAAGAAUACGAGGCGCAUUCCUCGAGUGAGUCAAAGUUGCAGGAUCAUAGCGAAGCGAAUGAAGAGGCGACCACGGGCCCGGCAGCUUCUGCUGCGGACGAUAUAAGCAUGGAAGUGGUGGAGAAGGAUGACGAAGACGUGGAAGAUGAGUCAGCGAGGAUUUCCGGCGGUCAACCUGACGAAGCUGCUCAGGCAACGUCGUCCACUGUUGCCAAGCCAAGCCAACAGCAACCGAAUGAAGUCACCGAAAAUCCGGAGGAGCCAAAAGCGGUAAAUACUACAAGUACAGUGGCACCGCUUCGUACAGCGAGCGAAGCAUCGACAGAAGAAGAUGGCACAAAGAAAACGAUCAAGCCGAGACUACAAGCGCUGGUGGAAGAGCAAGACCAGGAAAUGGCUUCCACCUCGAGCCCCCGGACGAAUGUUAAAACGCGUUUAAUGGCCGCCAUGGAGAAAUCGGGUACUCCCACUGGUCCCGAACCGACUACACCAUCGAGACGGCGCUCGGUGCGAGCAUCAUCGGUGCUGCCGGAGACAACCAACACUCCGUUGACACCUGCACUUUCGCGUAGCCGACGGUAUGCCUCGAUGGACAACGUUACCGGUACACCGGACACUCCAUUGACACCGCGCCGCUCCACACGUGCCACCUCGUUGGUCAAGGAACUGUUCGGUGCCAGCGGAGUAACACCACAGAAAAAAUCUCGCCGGCAAUCACAAGCCUCUUCGGUCGACGAGACGACGGUGGUGGAAACGAAAGCGGCUUCGACGGCGACGGCGGCGACCACGGAACAGCCUCCCUCGCUACCCAUCAGCCCGACAAGCGGCGAUGAUCCAAUGAUGGAACCACCGGAACCUUCGGAACGAUCAUUUGCUAGCUCGACGACCAGCAGCAUACGGCGCAGUACGCGUGGCCGCAAAUCGAAGGCUCCAUCCGAAGGAGCACCGGAACCCCCGGGUCUGGGUAGUGUUCCACUGUUCGAUGAUUACUCCUCCAAUCGGCGUCUGACGCGGCACCAGCUGGCAGUAAUGGAGAGAUCGAUGGGCUUAACCGCAGCCGCCACUACCAGUGGCACUGGGCGCACACGUCGUGCCAGUUCUUCACGGGCUGAUGAAAGCGUGACCAGCCAGGAUCAUGACAGUGAACCGGAAUCGAUUGCUUCGAGCGUGAGUGGCACAUCGCUUCGAUCGACUCGGUCACGUACCGCUCGCUCAAAGGUUUCGGCCUCGGGGCGGCAAAGUUCCAUUGAAACCAGAUCCAAUCGUGGCGGUAGUAAGGUCAGAGCAACAACAGCAGGAGCCACGACGGGAGGAUCGAUCACCGGAAGUGGCUCCCAUCGGCAUGCAAGCGAGCAGGAUUCGGAUUCGGAUAAUUCCACGUCUACUUAUGCCAGCAAUCAGCGGGGGUUGGCACCGAUCGCUGAGGAAGGCAGUGAAACAACGAGCGAAAAUGCCAAGAAGCGGCGAACAAGAAAGACGAAGGGAAGCAACUAAAGUGAAAGCAUGAUCGGAAACAGUGAUUUCAGGAAUUGGAAGCAUAUAGUUAAACUCUCGCAUUCUUUACAUGAACACACACUUCAUGCAGCAAUAGCCUUUCGUGCGGGUCCUUUAGCGGAACAAUAAUACGAUCUUGCAGUAUGUGUUAUUGCCAAUGAGAGAAGGAAUGUUUUUAGCUACUGUGUGGUAGGGAAUUGAACGAUGGGAGUAGCGCCAAUUAUAAAUAAUCAUGAUUAUUCUUUUUUUGUUUGUUAAAAUACGAAUAAAGUAAUUGUCCUUUUACGUG